AUGUUACUCCGCUCUCUCUUGUCCUUCACCCUUGUCGCGGCCACGGUCCUCGGCGCUCCCGUCAUUACAACCAAGUACAAGCGCGAUCUUGCCACGAUCCAAGCCGCUCUGAACACCAUCAACUCUGCGCUGCAAGGACUCGACAAUUCGGUGAAAAACACGCAAACCGUGACACUGGGCGGUGGAAUCCAGCUGCUCGGCGCCGUCGGCAACGUCAAAACCUCAAUCGAGGACGCGACGACACAAGUUCAAGCCUCUGAGGUCCUCAACAGAAAGGACGCGCUGAAUCUCAAGGCUGCGACCGACGCGCUUACGAAUAACGUCAAGGUUACCAUCAACGAUGUUGUGGCAAAGAAAUCACUAGUCGACUCGCUCGGCGCAACGCCACUGGUUGCCGUUGCGCUCCAAGAUCAAAAGUCUGCAAGCGUCGCCCUCGCCCAGGCUCUCGUCAGCAAAGUCCCCCAGGAGCUGAACGCCGACGCGCAAAAGAGUGCCGGCGCCCUCAGCACCGUCCUGGAUCAAGGCAUCGCAGUCUUUGGCGGCACAUCUGUCCCGGCUCUCCCGGGAGCACCCGGCGCACCACCCCCGGCUGGCGCCGCAGCUGCCGGCUCUACCGUUUGUCAAGCAGUCGCUGCUCCCCCACAGGCCGAAGCUGAUGCUGCCGCUGCCCAGGACGCGGGCGCUGGUGGGGGUGGAGGUCUUUUGGCAGGGCUCAUGAGCAUGUUUCCGUUCAAGAAACACUAA